GGAAGUACUGAAAAAGAAUCCUCUUGUACCUCCCAGACAGAUAGCUUCGCCUCAGUUUAGCUAACUUUGUGUCUUUUUUUUUUUGAGUCGCCCAGAUGUCAGAUAAAACUGCGAAACGUCCGGGAGUUGGGGUCGGGGUGCUGGUGACAGACCCGGCCCACCCAGGCUGUGUUCUCCUGGGGAAACGGAAAAGCCCAAUGGGCAACGGGACGUACCAGCUCCCCGGGGGCCACCUGGAGUUUGGGGAGACAUGGGAGGGGUGUGCUCGCAGAGAGGUGUUGGAGGAAGCAGGGGUGCGUUUGGGAGACGUCCGCUUUGCCUCCGUGGUGAACUCCAUCCGACUGGAAGAGCAGUACCACUACGUCACCAUACUCAUGCAGGGAGAACUGGACCGGAAGGAGUCAGGAGAGCCGGAGAACCUGGAGCCGGAGAAGAACGAGGGUUGGACGUGGACUCUGUGGGACCGGUUCCCCCCAGAGGAGCAGCUCUUCUUGCCGCUGGCAGGUCUGAGGCAGCAAGGCUUCCAGCCGUUCAGGACAAGCAGCGCUGAAACUCUGCUUUGAAACGGCCUUGUUUACAUGUAGCCUAUCCCUCCAUCAAGGACACAACAGAUGUACCUCUUUGUUUUGCAUCAGUGGUUGUUGUACAAGGUCUUCGUUCCUCAAACAUCAUGUGUUAUGGUAGAUACCGUAGUAUUUGCCACAUUAAUUCAGAUUUUUAAGCAAAUGAUGCCACAAAUAAAGUGCAAUGAACAUGA